AUGGAAAGACUUAAAGAAGAACUGGAGAAAUGGAAGGAAAGAGUUGAAAAACUUGAGAAAGCAAAAGCUGACCUUCUUCUCUGUAAAUUAAGUGCUGAUGGAGAGUAUGUUAAAGCAGAGGAGGAGCUGAUAAAGCUAAAGGACUUUCAAGAGAAACAACAUAAGGACAUUAUUAUAAGUUUCCAUAGAGAACUCUAUGUACUAAACCAAGAAAACGCUGAGCUGAAGAGAGAGGUUGAAAAGCUCAAAGAAGACCUUGCAAAAUGUAGUUCGGUGCUUUCACAGGAUGGUCAGAUUAAAAAAAAGGUAGCAGAAAUGAAAAUGAAGUUCACUCGCAUGGAAGACAUGAAGGAUGAUUAUCCAGAUAUGAAUACUCACUGUGUUUUUCAUGUAACUACAAAAAUCCCAUUCAGACUGAAUCAAAAUGAGGCACUGCUUACUUUUGAAGACGAAGAAGUUGCCCAGAGACUGAUAAAAAUGGGUAACCAUACUGUGAACCUGGACAACAAAAUAGCAGAUGUGAGAGUGAAGCCUUUUACACUUGAAAUGGGAAUCACAUUUGAGCUCCAUAUCACUAUUUCUGGAAAGAAGAUCAACAUUUCAGAAGUCCCUGAGCUAUCCAUUCCUGAAGACUGGAUGAGAGACAAAUUAGAGCUGAAUUUCUACAAAACUGAACAGGGAGGAGGAGGAGAAGUAGAAAAUGUGAAAUAUGACAAGCAGUCUAGAACAGCUGUUAUUACGUUCCUCAGACCUGGAGCAGCUAACAGCUUUGUGAGAUGUACUAAAUAUCCUUUCUUUGUAAAUGGAAGGUGCUAUAGGCUUUCUGUGUCUCCAAACACCGCCGUACACUUGGAAAAAUUUCAGCUCUAUUGUGGGAUUUCUAAGAAGACCAUUCUGCUGAAAGGAAUUCAAGAGACAGAAGAUGAUGAGGAAAGUGUACAGGACAUGAUUGAAAUUCAUUUUCAAAAGCCUAGUAAUAGGGGUGGGGAAAUAGAGAAAAUCAAGUAUGUUUCAAAAGGAGUAACAUGGGUUUGUUUUGAGGAGGAUAUUUAG